AUGACAUCGAAUUUUGUCGGUCACCUGGAAAAAUCAUGCCGUCACGGAACCGUAAAAACACCGAGACCUCGUGCAACAUGUGAAGAUGGAUGGUUAACUUCUUAUAGACCACAGGGAUUGUGGUGUUUGAAAAUAGGUAUCGGAAAACUAGACUACCACCAAUCCCAAGCCCAAUGUGAAACUCAAAGAGGUGUCCUAUCAGGAAUCCAAAACGACCUUGAGAGACAACUAAUUGCUAAUGAUACUAUCCGUCAGUUGAUUCCCAUUGGUGUCACCAUUGCAGGUGUCUGGCUCGGAGCUUCUAAGGUUCCAGGUACCAACACAUUCCAAUGGAACGAUGGACACACUACGGGCAACGGUGGAAUGUUUUUUGGACCGGGACAACCUGAUAACGCAUUGGGUGAUCGAAGAGGACCUCAAAACUGUCUCCAAUUGAUUGUUAUGACACCAGUGUUCUAUAGUAGACCGGAUAAAUGGAUAACAUUCCCGCAACUCAUUGAUGACUACUGGUGUCACAUGACUCAUGACCCACCACAGAGAUUAUAUGCAUGUGGGAAACCGGGACCUGAUGAUAAUUUUUCUGGUUGA